UAUAAUUCGCUUUCCGGUCAUCCGGGGACUCUAACUUCCUUUUGGUUCGCAGCAAGUACGGUCAACAUGUCCACUGAAACUGAUCAGGAGUUGGCGGAGAAGAAGAAGAGGCGUGCCUUCCGGAAGUACAUGUACCGGGGGGUCGACCUCGACCAGUUGUUAGACAUGUCCAGCGAACAGUUGAUGGAGCUUUUCCAUUGUCGUGCUCGCCGCCGUUUCUCACGUGGCUUGAAGAGGAAACCCAUGGCUUUGAUUAAACGUUUACGGAAAGCCAAGAAGGAGGCCGGCCCACUUGACAAACCAGAGGUGGUGAAGACCCAUCUGCGGGACAUGGUGAUUGUCCCUGAGAUGAUUGGUAGCAUGGUGGGAGUUUACAAUGGGAAGACUUUCAACCAGGUGGAAAUCAAGCCCGAGAUGAUUGGCCAUUACUUGGGAGAGUUCAGCAUCACAUACAAACCUGUCAAGCACGGUCGCCCGGGUAUUGGAGCCACCCACUCCUCCAGAUUCAUCCCUCUCAAAUAGACAAUUACACAUGUAAAUAAAGUGGCCGAAACAAA